AAAUCUAUGUGCAUGCGUCACCUCAGCACCCUGUAACCUGGGGGACACAGUGCUUUCCACUUUUCUGUCACCCUCACGCUCUACCCACACACAGCACCAUCAUGGACCUAAACAACUUGGGAGACACGAGCGGUGAGUGUGACGGAGCAAACUGUAGCUUAGCAUCCAGGUUCUCUGAGAACUGCACCAACCAAGACUGCUACUGGGAGGAACCUAUGUUUGGACUGAUUGAGUUAGUUUGUGUGACAGUGAUUUACAUCUCACUGAUGAUAUUUGGCCUGCUUGGGAACAUAUUAACCAUCCUGGUAGUUUGGCUCCGCCCACACAUGAGAAGUUCCACGUACCUGUACCUGAGCAGCAUGGCUGUCAGUGACCUGCUGAUCCUCCUCUUACUGCCUUUGGAUCUUUAUAAGCUUUGGAGACCCAGACCGUGGCCCUUAGGAGACCUUGCCUGUAAGCUGACUAUGUUCCUGUCAGAAUGCUGCACCUUCUGCACCAUCCUCCACAUCACCUUCCUCUCUCUGGAGAGGUACCUGGCAGUGUGCUGGCCAAUCACAGCAAAGACAAUUGUGACACGGCACAGGACCAGGGUAAUCAUCGGCUGCCUGUGGCUGGGCGCUGCUGUCAGUGCUGCACCAGUAUUAGUCAUGGUUGGAGUGGAGGAAGUUGGAGGAGAGGAGCUCGGUCUCAACCAGUGGAGGGAGGACAGAGCAUGGACAGGGAGGGAGGGAAAACAGGGAGGGCUGGUGAUGGGUGGAGAGGAACGAGGAGGUGCACACAUGGCCUUGAUAGAUGUUGGACUAGAAGAAGCAAAGUUACCAGAGAAAGGUGGUGGAGAAGUGAGAGAAUUCAAUUUUAAAUCAGAAGUAAAUGAGUGGAAACAAGGAGGUGAAGGCGAACUGAAAGAUGCCAAAGGAGCAGCUGAGGAAGCCGAUGAAGAAUGGAAGACAGAAUUUGCAGGAGAUCAGCAAAACAAAAAGAAGGAAGAUGAAGGAGGUGGUAAAGAGAGACCUGAAGGAAGUGGUGAAGGAGACACUGACAGGAGAGAGUGCCGCUGCACGCAUUACGCCAUCUCCUCAGGCCUUCUGUCAGCCAUGAUGAUUCUGUCCAACUUAUACUUCCUGGUACCCCUCUGCAUCCUUGGACUGGUGUACAGCCUGAUUGGACGGACGCUUUGGCUUCGCCCAAAAAGCAGCAGAAGAGAUCAGAGUCACCGAAACACUGUUAAGAUGCUAGGAGUGAUCGUCUUGGCAUUUGUCCUGUGCUGGCUGCCCUUCCAUGUUGGUCGGACCAUAUUCUCCCUUUCUCUUGGCUCUGGUGCUGACAGACAGGAAGCAAAUACGGACCCUAACUCUCACUUUGACAUGAACACCGAUGCCAACAAAGAUAUCAGCCUUCACGCAGAUCCUGAAGUCAUCAGCCACCCAGAUUCUGACGAGUCUCUCUCCCAGCCUGGAAAUGCCGCGGUCAACCCGUUACUGUACAACCUGAUGUCUGGCAGGUACAGACUCGCAAUUCGGAGCCUCGUACAACAGCACCCUCAGACUCGCACUCACCGCCUGCGCACCAUCACCACGCGGCAGUCCACCACCACUUUGUGA